UCCAACAUCCUCCGUCCUGAUCCUCACUGCCCCCCCCACCGCUCUGAACCGGACCCCGGACCUCCCCCCUUUCCGCUCACAUGGGCUUCGGAACCCUCUGAACACACAGCAGGACUUCAGUUCCAGGUCGGUCCGGUUGGGCUCGGCUGCGCGCGCACGGCUGCAGUAGUUUCCGUGUGUUGGUCCGGUUCCCGGUAAAAGCAGGACCAUUGCGUGGUGCAGCUGCAUCAGAGAGAAGGUUCUGGAGGAGGAGACACGGAAGGACCUGAUGACGGACAAGGACACGGCAGAGCACAGGCUCAUAGCAGAUGCGAUGGCCAAUCCGUCUCCAGCUAAAAGCGUGGGAGACCCUGGAAUCACCCCCCUGUCUCCAUCCCACACCCAGCAGAACGACACAGACCAGGUUCCUUCAGGUCCGUCCUUUAUCGUGGUGGUCGCCAUCGACUUUGGCACCACAUCCAGCGGAUAUGCCUACGCCUUCACCAAGGAGCCCGAAUGUAUUCACACCAUGAGGUAGGCCAGCA